AAGCAAACAAAAAUGGCUGUAGCUUUCUAUAUUCCCGAUCAAGCCGCUCUAAUGCGUAAGGCUCGUCAACAAGAGCAACAAAUUUUGGCAAUGCGUGAGGCCCAUUGGCGUUAUGUGGCCUCGGUGGUCUACGAUGUGUUGAGACAGUAUCUACAAGCCACACCAUCGAUACUUGGCCGAACAUCCAGCAGUGGUUCCACACAACAAGACAAAUCAUCCAACUCCAAUAAAAAAUAA